UUCGUAUUUUCCACAGAAUCGCAAUGUCUCGUAAAGAAGCGCUAUCCCAAUUCAUUAACCAGAUUCAUGGCCGUCCAGUUGUCGUGAAACUAAACAGCGGAGUCGAUUACAGAGGUGUCCUUGCCUGCCUGGACGGAUAUAUGAACAUUGCGCUGGACCAAACGGAAGAGUACGUGAAUGGGCAACUAAAGAACAAAUACGGUGAUGCCUUCAUCCGUGGUAACAAUGUACUGUACAUUUCUACGCAGAAGAGAAGAGUGUAG